UUCAAUUAUGAAAUUCAUGAUUGUUACUCAUGAAAACUUUCAGUAGUAUAACUGUAUUUCUACUACAAUCACCGGUAUUAUGGAUAAUACUGUUAUAACAAAUAUUAAAGUCUCAGAUAUAACUGCACUAUUCAGGCAAUAACUAUCACUAUAGUGCCACCAACUAGUAAUACGCUUGUCACUGUCAUUAGUAAUAAUGGUUAUCAUACUAAUAAGGUUUCGUUUAUCGGUAUAAUUAGGCUAAAUAUACUUCAAUCUCUUAUGUUAGUAGUAAUUGUUGCAAUAUCCCUUGAAAAUAUAAAGCAACAAUGAUUUUACUGUACUUGUGGAUUCAAUGUCGCAUAAAAAUAAUGAAAAUACAAUUUAUUUUAAUGAUAAUGAAUUAAGGGAGAGCAAAAAAUAUGAUAAAGGGAACGGAUGUUUACUAUGUUGUGUUUAAAUUUAACAUGAACUGCAUCUGACUGAAGUCAGGUGGGUCAUUGGCUCGCUACUUUCAGUGUCUCCAUGUUCCAGCCAAUCACGCUUGAUCUUAGAUCUGUAAAUGAUUGUCGUCUUCAAAGUCAAAUCGUUCACUGAAGAGACCACAUCUCUGGUACAGCACCAUAAGGGGACAAUGAUGGCAAUAUUUUUUGCAACAACGAUCUUGAGUACAGCUUUGCUAAGUCAAUCCCAAGAAAAUCCUCGAUCACUCUCUUUGACCAAAGCACAUAUCGGAGAUACUGUUUCUCUACAUUGUGCAUCUUUGAACGGUACAAGUAAAGUGUUAUACUGGUAUAAGCAAUCUCUUGGAUAUAUUCCCCAAGUGGUUGCCAAUGCAAUUUAUGGCACUCCAACGAUAUAUCCGCCAUACAAAUUAAGGGUUAAACUGGUAAAAGGAAAGUUGACUAUGAGAGAUGUAAAGAAAGAGGACGAGGCAAACUAUUUCUGUCAGCAAGGAAUUGAUGAAAACAAGAAUUGGAACAACGGCACAUUUCUGUCUGUGAAUGAUGGAAAUGAGCAGAAAUUAGACUACCAGACUGUGGUCCAACAGUCGGCAUCAGCUCAGCUGGGAGACCCUGUGGCUCUCCAGUGCUCUAUUACCUCCCAGAGGACGGACCACAGUAACCAGUGCCAAGGGGAACCCAGUGUGUACUGGUUCAGAUCAGGACCAUCUCACCCUGCUGCCAUUUACAUGAAUGGGAACAGGAGGGGUGAAUGUCAGAAUAGUUCUGGGCCUCCGUCUGCUCCACAGAGCUGUGUCUACACUCUCCCCAAGAACAAUGUAGACUCCACUGAUGCUGGGACUUACUACUGUGCCCUGGCAGCAUGUGGGGAAGUUGUGUUUGGAAAUGAAUCUAAGCUGGACAUAACAGGUUUGUGAGCAUAAUAACACUACAGCACAUUCAACACAAUAACUCAUAUCAGGACAGGUUUAAGAGCAUCCCAACCACUUUUAUGGAGAAGUUUCAGUGUGCAAGAUCUCCUAUAUUGAUUUGGCAGUACAUUAUUAUUUAGAUUAUUUCAUUUUAAAUAGUUACGGUAGGACGAGAGAUGUUUAUACCUUAUGAAAAAAUAUGUAUGCUUAUACAAAAAUAUAUAUCUUUUUAUUAGCAUAAACUGUUAUUAGAUGAAAACAUUAAACAUUCUAUGUGUUUUCAACUGUGAAUCCUCUCAGAUGGUUGAUAGUGAUACACAGUUCUCUGUUGUAGGACAGGAAAACAGAUAGUUUGAACUACACAGUGAUGGAGACAAAUCAAAGGAGGGAAGAAGAACAGUGAAAGGACUCAGGAGAGUGUGUAUUCUGCUGUGAGAGAAACCUGGCAGUGAAGUCCAUCAACCUGGGAGUUUGUAUCACCUCAUGAGGCUAAAGGUGGUGACAAUGGUGGAAUUGUUACGGACUUGAACAUUUAAUCAUUGAUCAUUGGUGAUGCUGUCUUUUGUCCAGCCUAUCUUUGUGUGCAGCCACACGUAUCCCUGGAUAUUUUUAUUACAAUAAUCAUAUAUUGAUGUCUAAAAUGUAUUGCUUACAAAAUUAAAAAUCAAGAAACUUUGAGAA